UGUUUAGGAUCUAAGCCUCGAACGGUCAUAUUGUUCUGUGUACAAGAGUUAUUGUUGAUUUUUUGCGUGAAAAUCUGUUGGCUUCCCCUUGAAAACAUUUCCUUGGAUUGUGUAAUUCGAGCACAGCCUUCGACAUCCGAGGAGUGGCGACAACCUGUUUUUAGAGAGGAGGGCUUCGUGCAUGGAAUACGGGAAGCUGGCUCUGAACGUUGCAACUCGAAGCGCAGCCGGCGGCGGAAGGGCUAGUGGUAGCGCCACCGACCAGGAUAUAGCCAUGUGCGGCGGGCAGGAGCUGCUGGAGGGAAGGGCGAAGGAGAAGGCUCGUCGGUACUGGACGCCCGGUGAGGAGGAGCGCCUCUACGAGAUUUGGGGACGCGACAACUGGAGACUAACGCGCACAGGGAAGAACACUAUCUUCUUUGGCAAGUGGGCUGAGGAACUGCACGAGCGGUAUAACGUAGACGUAAAGCCGGAAGAAAUUCAAAUGAAGGUUAACCAGACCAGGGCCAAAUUCAGGCAAGUAAAGAAGCAGCUUCAGCAGGACCCAUCCAGCUACGCCACACGAUGGAAGAAAUACGAUAUAAUAAACAGAAUCCUAAAGAACCUGCAUAGGCCUAAGAACGCUGAGCCGCUGCCGCCAGAGGCUCUGCUCAACAAUCGGGAUAUGACUCCACCCCGAGAAGACGCCCCUUCGGAGCAGAUCCAACAGCACCAAAUGGUCCAACAGACGCAGCAAGGACAUGCCCACGCGGAGUCGCCUGGAGUCUCUUGUUACAACAAUAACAGCAACAGCAACAAUGGCAGUAGCCACAACAACAAUAGCAGUGGGAUGAACUUUAGCACGGAGCUAUUUACGGAUCAGUAUGAUAUGGGUGUAAAGAAUGAGUAUGAUGACGACGAUUAUGUCUCUUUGCCUUUUCAAGAGCAACAGUAUUCGCCAGCUGAGCCUGCGCAGCUGCUUGAGCUCCAGACCCCACAACAGCAGCAGCAGCAACAGCAGCAUCACCAGCAACAGCAGCAAUUUCAACCUGGCUAUGAACCGCAGUUCCAGCAACAAGCUACUCACUACGUCAACAAUAGCUCUCAAAACGCAGUCACUAGCUCGACCAUCACCCCGCAGCCGAUCACGGCUGUGGCCUACAUCAAUAGCAGCAAUAAUACAAUCAGCGUGGCUACUAACGCCAACGGCACUGUGAGCGUGCCACCUGCGACCUCUCCUGCCACAAAUGCUAAUCCCACGACUGCUGUGGUCGCACCUGUGCCUGUGCCACGAAAACGCGGUCGUCCCUGUGGAUCAGUUAAUCUGCCGACCGCCGACUCCCUAGAGGUCGUCUACAUGGAGGAAGUUCGGAGGAAGAAUCAAUUGCUCUUGGAGCAGACGAAGAUUUCACGUCAACGCCUACAGCUUGAGGAACGAAAGGUCGAACUAAUGCAGGCAUUCUUUCCCAAGUGUCUCGAGCAGCAGACACAAAUCUUAAAUAGGAUUAUGCAGAUGAAGCAGCCAUAAAAGACCCAUCAGACUUGCCCACUGUUUGUCGACAAUUGUAAACAUUUUUCGGAUUUUUUUAAACCUCAUUUCUGGACAGAAAUGCAAACAUUAUACUAAAUACUGGAACUCAGUAGCACUCUGCAUGUCUGUCCCAUGUUUUAACCAACCACUUAACAAAGCACAUACCACACUGUUUCUUAAAUUAAGAAUAAACCUAAUUCGUAAAUAAA